CUCACGAAUCACAUAGCAUGUUUUUGUUACCGAUGUUUUAAGAAGUGCGGUUCGAUCCUUUUUGUGUUCUUUUAAAUCCGGUUUAAUCAGUCGUAAUGCCGUUUGUCGUUGUGCAAACCCGCAACAAUAAAAAAUCCAAACCGUGCAUGACCGUUGUGCCGGAAAAGUGGGCCAAAAGAGACCAUGUUUACUGGCCGCCAGCAAAUUUGGUAUCGCUUUCCAAAGAUGGAUUUUCGGAACCAAACAUUGAUGUUUGGAAAAUUCAGAAAUGUAAGGUUGUUGGUCGUGGCUCGUCAUAUGCGGUUGCUGAAGACGUGAUGCGACGGUUGGAGGUGGUCACGGACUCGGAGGAUGCUGUACAGUCAACUCUAGGAACACGGGCCAAUCCUGGCAAGAAAAAGGUCAAAUUUGUGCCAAAAGUGUACGAACUGAAAAGCAGUAAGAAGGAUCACGUAACAAGCCCUCCGGAGAACGAGGCCACAUACCCACUUUUUCCAGUGCCAAAACCGCAGACUCUGGGCGUGAGCCAGAGGAAUUGCGUGGCGUUGCCUCCACUGCAUCACAGCAAAUCACGGAAAUCUCUCAGAUUGACCAAACUAUGACUCAGUUUGUCAUUCAGUCAGGUGACGGUCGGCAAUAUGUCCAGAUGAGUGACGGAACAUGUUUGGAAAUCAUUGCUGGUGAAGCUAACUCAUAUGCUUCGACUAGUACUCAAAUUCAACCUACAACACAAAGCAGUGUAAUACUGGACAGCAGUAAUGUUAUCACCGACAAUGAUCUAAACAAUGUUCUCGACACUACGGGAAACCAGAAUGAUCAGCCAUGUUCUAUCGAACAACCGACUCAAGAAGAACAAAUGUGUCAUGACACCUCAAUCAUGACAGUCCUUCGAGAUUUGCAAGGUCGGGUUACCAGAAUGGAAACGAUGCUGGAGAAGGUUUUUGCUUUCAUGGCCAAUAUAAAUCGACUCUUCGAAACCAAACUAUCGACAAAAAUGCAGGAUGGAGAUGUGAAAAAAUACGACGAAGAUUUCUCCGAGUUUGACGAUCUCAUGCCGGUUAAAACCGAGGAAAAACUGAGAGAACUGGAGCAUCAAUUAAAAACACAAUCAUAUGCAGACAAACUUUAUAGAUUCUUCGAAACCGUUUUCAAAUUAAAUGGCAAACGCGAAGGAAAACCAUUCUUCCGAAACCUACUACGGAAAUUUGUUGACCCGUCCAUUUUAGUUUCGUACUCGUGGUUGGGAAAUUCACGAGCAAAAAAAGGUGAACCAGCCAACAAGAACAAGAGUUUCAAAGACAAUUUUCCAAGCUUUGUUCAAUUUGUUGGCCGUAUUCAAAGAUCUGCUGACUUCGAAUUUUCGGCAGAAGACACGGAAGAAUCGUUCAGCCAAUUUCUACGGCAGAAAAAUACGGAGUUGAAACGGAAAAUUGCGAGAUCUGGCGCUCCGAAAGCCUCCCACACAAAAAAGAGACGACAACAUUCUCAACAUCUCUCACCCAGAAUCGACGAAACAACUGAAGAAAUCGAAAACGAAGAUCUUUCAGAACAAAUCGCCAUCAAGGAGGUAGACAUCAUUCCAGCAGCCUCCUACAGCAGUUCCAGUUCCAGUAGCAGCUCAGAUACCGAUGUUGAGUAAAAUGUACAUUUCCAUGUGUACAAACAGCAUGACAUGCCAUUUCUUGCCAAUAUGUUAACUUAUUGUUACUACUUUUUUAAUAAAAGAAACUAAAAUCUUUGCGAAGAUU